UGCCCGACAUGUUUGUCGAGGGCUCUGUCGCCGGCACCGCCAUGUUGCGAAAGGGCAAAGGGGCGGGGUAUUUGGAUGUUCUCGCGAGGUUUGGAGUGAAUGGCUUGGGUGCCACGUCAGGUUUCGAGCCUGAGGCUGGCUGGUAACGGAUCCGGGAGAGCGGCCUUAGGGUUCCGCCGAGAGGGGCCCUGGAGGACGCUCUAGCCCCCUUCUCCCCUCGACUCCAUGCCCCUGGAGGACUGCGGCCACAGGAGGUGGCAGUGGUCAAGAUGGUGGCUUUCCGGCGGACGUGGAACGUGGUGACCCUUCUGAUGGCCUGUUCCACGUUACUUCUGCUCCUGCUGCUGGGGACGUCAUCUGCACAGCAAGAAGGCUUCCACGGCCAUGCGCAUGACGACUUGCACCACGGCCACAGUCAUGAAGGCCUUCACCACGGCCACAGCCAUGAGGAUUUGCACCACGGCCACAGCCACGCCGGCCACGGCCACACGCAUGAGCACCUCUGGCGCGAUCCCGAAGAGCACCACCACCAUCACGAUGCCCAUGAGGACUUCCACCACGGCCAUAGCCACUCACACGAGGGCCCCCGGCACGGGCACAGCCACAGCCAUGACCAUGCCCACGGCCACCUUCACGGACAUUCGCACGAGGACCAUGUUGGGGGGCCCAGCCAGGGCCGGGCCUUCCCUGACCACGGGAGGCCCCCUCCCAGGAAAGAGAAGCUGGAGACAAUGUGGUUGUGGGCCUACGCCGUGGGGGCCACGCUCCUGAUCAGCGCAGCGCCCUACUUCAUCCUCUUCCUGAUCCCGGUGGAGUCCAACUCCUCCCAGCACCAGGCUUUGCUCAAGCUGCUGCUCAGCUUCGCCUCGGGGGGCCUCCUGGGAGACGCCUUCCUCCACCUCAUCCCCCACGCCUUGGAGCCCCAUUCCCACCACGGGGAGGCAGCCGGGCACCCCCACUCCCACGCCCAGCCCACCGGACACGGACACUCCCACCAGGGCCCUGAGCACCAGCACAUGAUGUCGGUGGGCCUGUGGGUCCUGGGGGGCAUCGUGGCCUUCCUGGUGGUGGAGAAGUUCGUCCGGCACGUCAAGGGGGGGCACGGCCACGGACACAGCCACGGUGCGCCCCUCCACGGGUCCUUCCAUGCUGGGGGUGCUCAUCUCAUUCCUGCCUCCAAGGCCAAGAGCAGUGAUGACGAGGGAGAACCCGGGUCCGGCCGGGACUCAGCGGAGAAGGCCAAGAAGAAGGAGAAGGAGAAAGAGAAGAAGGCCCCUGGGAGCAACAUGCGUGUGGCCGGCUACCUGAACCUGGCGGCGGACUUUGCGCACAACUUCACGGACGGCCUGGCGCUGGGGGCCUCCUUCCUGGCCGGGAGCACCGUGGGCGCCGUCACCACGCUCACCGUCCUGCUCCACGAGGUGCCCCACGAGGUCGGGGACUUCGCCAUCCUCGUCCAGUCCGGCUGCAGCAAGCGCAAGGCCAUGAAGCUGCAGCUGGUGACGGCGCUGGGGGCGCUGGCGGGGACGGUGGUCUCGCUGCUGGCGGAGGGGGCGGGCGAGGCGGCCACGGCCUGGAUCCUGCCCUUCACGGCCGGGGGCUUCAUCUACGUGGCCACCGUCUCGGUCCUGCCGGAGCUGCUCCAGGAGGCCCGUCCCUUCCAGUCUCUGCUGCAGGUGCUGGGCCUCGUCGCAGGCGUGGCCAUGAUGGUCUUCAUCGCCCAGUACGAGUAGCGGCCCUUCCCUGAUGGACGGGACCCCCACCCUGGACACGGAGCCAAAGGGAGCACCCAAACGUCCCUUACUAUUGGAACAAUCUGGACUUGUGCUCCUGAAGACCUGGCGAAGAGGAAGCGAACCUGAUACUCCCGGGGGGCAACUCUUCUGCCCUGACUGGUUCCUCCAUCGGGCACCGUGAGGACCCAUCAAUUAGGAAAUGAAUCUGGUGCUCUAGGAGGCCAACAGUUCUGUGUCCGUUUGUCCAGAUUUCCCUUUCAUCUGGGGCUCCAUGAGAAACCAGCAACGAGGACGUGAUCCAGAGGCCCAACUCGUCCAGAUUCCAUGUUCCUCCUCUUCUCCAUGAAGAAAGAGGACGUUAGUCUGGAGCUCCAGAGGACUCGUUCAGAAGGAAGACUGUAGGGUUGGGGGUUCUUAUGGGACGUAUUGGGGAGUGGGAGAUCUCCAGGAGGAUCCAUCUGGACGCUGAUAACGACGACAAGGGCUUGGUCGCUGGCUUGAGUGAAGCAGGACGGGACUUGCGAUCCUCCUUGUCUUCGGUCUCAAGAGCCAAGGGGCCAUCCGGAAACGGGACCAAAACAGAAAGGGAUAAAUAAAUACACAAAUUGGGACACUUGGAAUAGUCUUAAGGACAAUAUCGCACAACACUGUCAUUCCAUUCUAGAUGUUACACCUCCUUCAGUAGAAACCUGGGACUUGUAAUUCACAUUUAGGGCCCUUGGGGUUCUUACUAAACUACAAAUCCCAGGGUUUCACUGGAGGGGAGCCAUAGUAGUGGAAUAACAACUGAUGUGAUAUUGCCUUGAGCCUGAAUGUAGUGCAGGGAAAGUGGUCUUUGUGGCUACGCCUCCCACCAUCCCCUGCCCUGGUUGAUGUGUGUAGGGGAUUCUGGGAGCUGUAGUCCCUCCUUUCUCCGACUUUGGGUGGGUACAUUGUUCGAAAAUCAUGGUUCCAGAAUGUAUAUAUAGUGGUGGAAGUGGGGGGCAGGUUAGUGUUUAGUGGCUGGUUUCCAGGCCUUUUGAACUCAGGCGUUGCUUGUGGGGAUGAUGGGACGCUUAGUCUCCCUCCCCAUCAGGCCACCAAAAAAAGGUAGCAAAAGAGACCCCCAGGUCGCUUGGAAGAGGGGGUUGUCUGUGUAUUUCUUGAUAAUUCCUUCCGCCAACCCUCUCUUCAAUACUCCAAGGGCUGUCGGAACGGUACAUUUCUUUUUAUACGCAUAUCUAUAUAUUUACAUGAUAUUUGUUGGAAUCUUGUAGAGCAGGUGUGGGCAAACUUGGGCCCUCCGGGUGUUUUGGACUUCAACUCCCACAAUUCCUAACAGCCGGUAGGCUGUUAGGAAUUGUGGGAGUUGAAGUCCAAAACACCCGGAGGGCCCAAGUUUGCCCAUACCUGUUAUAGAGCAUAACAUGGGAUGUUGUUUGGGCCAGUGAUUGGUAACGGGUAAAUAAAUGGUGGAAGAAAACUACGUAAUUUAGGAUCGAUCUAGUUCUGGGUUUCAAUCACUAAAUUGUGGCAACUGAAAUUCGUAUAUUAAUUGUAAGUCGUGCUCAAAACGAAGGAGGAAGAAACGGAAACCGGGACAUUUUAAAAGUAGCCGGGAAAAUAGGAAGGCGGAGAAUUAAUUAAUCCAUGCAUCGUGUUUUGAUUGUUUUGAUAGUUCUUAAACAAGUGGUUGUCAAUUUUUUGGUCCAGCCAGUUUACCAGCUGUUAGGAUUUCUGGGAACAUCUGGGGAUCCACAGGUUGAGAACCACUGUCCUAAACAUUCUUUGUGAUUUCAUUCCAUUUCUGUGUGCUGUAGAUUUUUAAUUGCCCCCUCCUUUUUUUUAAUUAAUGUUGUGACCUGCUUUGGUUCUUGAUCAAGAGAGAAAAACUGGGUAUAAAUAUAACACGAUUAUUUUGAAAAAUC